UGCUGGCAGAGAAAAGGAUUGUCCUCUAGUUCUGCCAAUUCUUGCCUUUGUUAAGAAAAGUCUUCCUCCUCAUUCAAUGUAACAUCUCUGAAAGGAGGCAUUGUUUUCUUUGCCCUGAUUGCUUUUGACCCACAUUCAUCUGCAGUUUCUUUUUCCCUCUUGUUUCCUCCUUCCAGCCUCUCUCUCUUAUGGGGAGGAGACAAUGCGAAGAAGUAUCUGUCAAGGAGUGGCCAUGAGACAGGGAGUUUACCUGGACAGGUGUGUGCUGAUUCACUUUCCUUUUCCUCCAGCUACUCAGUUUGACUCUGAAUCGCAGCGGAUGCUGGUUGCAUGCAGCACUCAAGACCAUGUGGGAUUCAAGAAAUGGGAGCCUUUCUUAUGACCAUUAUCCCGAGGCCAGACCGGAGCACCUUCCUUCUGCCCUCUGCAACCCUCAAUUCAAACCGGCUGCUUCAAGAGUGUCCCUCUUUAAAUACACUGCACCAUGGCAGGUCUUCUGUGCAGCUCUGGGAUCCAAGUUGCAGAAUCUACAAAGCCCAGUUGUUGAUGCAAAUAUUUCUCAACAAAACUGGAUGACCCAAGAGAUCCCUGUCAUUAAGGAACAUCUUCCACAAACUCAAAACAACAUCUAUGAAAUCUCUCUUCCCAAAAUGAAAUCCAGCACCAGGGAUAGUCUCUUCAAUUCCCCCCAGAACACACAGCUCAGUUAUGAAGAUCAACAUGAGCAGAGUGGUCAACAAGUGAUCUUACAACAAGAAAUGAGACCUGAGGACAAAGAAGACGAGAUUCUUGACUUGGAUCAUCCUGAUGUGAAGGUUGAAAAUGGAUGGAAGAAGUUAGACCCCACGGGAGAUCACUCUCAGUGUAUAGCCAAAUCUAUAAAUGGAAGGACAGAUCACUGGACACCACACCCAAACAGAGAAUCCAAGUUGGAAGUGCUCAAAUCUGGCUCACUCUAUGACAUCCGGGCUUACAAAGGGGAGAAGAAACCUUCCAGACUCUAUGAAGAAGAUGAUGAAGAGUUGCAGUAUAAGAUUCCCUCCAAGGAUGUCUCACCAGAAAUAGCCAAAGAACUGGAAGAUGAACGGCAGGAGAUUAUCAGGAGACAAGUUGUGAGAAAAAGCAACACAAUGGCAGAAAAAUGGAGCUCCAUGAAUGAGUUGGAAGCUGUUGACACGUCCUCUCUUGGCAAAGUUACAACAGAACCCAGGAAGAACUACCCCACUAGCUUUGCUCUUUGUUUUGACAAUCCUUCCCCAGACUGGACAAUCAUCCCUGUCAAUCCUGAAAACAUAGACACAGAACAGAUAAAUUUUGCUGCUGCCCGACAGCAGUUUCUUGCACUAGAAAAGACUAAUCCAAAGAUGUUGAUGGAACCCAAGAGACACGUUCCUUCUCCAAGGGAGCUGAAUGCAACAAGCCACGUUUAUGGGAGCAAAGAACCUCAGAAUCCUGAAAUGCCAAGGAUGGAUAAGGAAUUUGAUGAGUACAGCCAGAGACAAUUGAGAGAAAACUCAAUGGGAGGAAACCUUCUCAUUCUCCCCCAAGGAGAAGCCAAUUCUUAUUCAGAGACUACUUUCAUUUCUGCUGAAAAGAUGCCCUCUGGCUUGGAGGUUGAUAUGAGUCCAGGGAAUGUUAAUGAGAGGACAUCCAAGAAAGAAUCAGGAAAUCCUCUGGCCAGGGGCCAAGAUCCUGCAAAAGAGCCAGAAGUUAGGAAUGAGACCCCCAUCGAGCGGGAAAUCAGAUUGGCCAUGGAGAGGGAAGAGAACCUUUGGAAGGAGAGGGGCAUCCAGCGAAUCAGUGCCAGAGAUGAUCUGGUGGAGAUCCGAUCCAAGCCGCUCCUCUCCUCCCCAGUCUCUUCUCCAGCUUCCUCCAGGAAAGGGAAGGAUAAACCUCACAUUUCCUUUUAUGUCCAGAGGGAGAUUGAGCAGGAAGCCAAGCGUGAGGAGGACCUGCAAAAGGAAGGGAGGUUGCUGGGAACGUAUGACCGAGGACUUUGCCAAGAGCUUGCAGAACGUCGGAAAAUAUUUGAGCGGGAGGAAGAAGAGGCCCCCCUGCCUUCUCUGGGCAAACAAAAGAAACAGGGGGAGCUGCUGGAGACCCUGCCUGCAGACUCUGCACCACUCUAUUGCAAUGUUGUUCCACCCAGACAGGACAGAGAAAGAAUUGCAAGCCAGAAUGUGAACUGGAGCUCGGAGAUCCAUCAGCCCUCUUCAGUUCCAGUUGUUGGCAAGAAAACCCCAGGAAAUGGACCAGCCUUAAAAACGUGCUCCAGUGCUUUUUCCCCAAAGAUGGAUUUCCAUAGCCGAAGCCCUCCCUGCAGCCAAGAUUUGAAAGUUUCAAGGGACAAGUUUGUGUUAAAGAAGGAACAUUUUGCCAUUCCGGUUCGGAAAUUCCAAUUCUCUUUUCCUGAGGAUCAGGGACCCCAAAGCCUUCAGAGGAAAGAGCAUAAGCUUCAGAAAGCAGCUCCACGGGAGGAGCUCUAUACGCUGAAGACAUGGCGGCCCCGGACAUCCAUUCUGAUUGACCAGGAGAUCCAGGAUGCUUUGCAAAGAGAAUUGGAACUUCAAGAGCAGAGGAAAAAAAUCAGUUUGACUGCAGAGGAGCUCCCAAGUUCACGGGUGUCGUCCCAAAGUUCAGCUGCAUCAGGAGAUACUGGCAGAUACUCUGUCUCCUCUUCACCUGUUUUUGUUCCUAAUUCGCCUGUGAGGUUACCUACUUCACCCAUCCUAUACCGAGCAAGUUUGACAACAAACUCCCCUGAAUCAAGCUUCAGAAGGUGCCAGAGUCCAACACAACCCAGGAUAAGACCAAAGGAGGAUAGAAAGUAUGCUGGUAUCGAACUCAACGAUGAGAUUGACACUGAGGUUAUGAAAUCCAUCAAGCCGAUCUGCCGGAGGAGCGCCCUGGCUCAGCUUUGGGAAACAGGGCAGAUCCGGAACAUAGACGAUGACAGCGACUGAUGAAACCAUCCCCAUUCUGUUAUGCAAUUCAAGCAAAGAAUCAGAUCUGCCAAAACGACUCUGGGCAUGGUGCCAGCAAGGCUUCCUUCUGAGUUCUACACAUUUAAAACUUCCUUCCACCUCUCUUUUAAUUUAAUUCAGUGAUCAAAUCUUUCCGACUAACUCAGUGUUUCUCAACCUUGACAAUUUUAAGGCAUGUGGACUUCAACUCCCAGAAU